AUAGUCAGAAAUGUUAGAAUGAGACAAGUUGACAGAGGAGUUGUUUCCAUUAAGUAGAAGUAAAAUCUUGGAAAAAUCACGAUCUAAGACAAAUUGUUACAUCUACUGAGCCCCGUUUAGCUAGGUUUAAAACAAAUGAAAAACGUCUCUGCCUAGUGAUCCGUCAUGGCUUAAAGGACUAGCAUCCAGGCCAUAAUUAUUAUAAAUAAAAAGUGAUCUGCCAAGGACGUCAAAGUCAAUAGUCAUAGUUAAUAAAAAAAUUCAAAUCAAAUGAAAUUGUAAUUUAGGAAAACAAAAACAUACAAAAUUACGUGUUUGAAUAUUACAAUAGAUAUAACAAAUAAAUUGCUGUUCAUUUUGUGUUACUAACUGUAUAGAGGCUCACACAAUAUUUACUUGGCUAUAAAAAUGCACAGAAUAGUACACUUGGAUUUAAAAGGUGCACCGUUCAAAGUACAUUAUUUAGAAAAGGUGAUACUGGCAGCAAAAUCAUGGGGAGCAACGGGCAUACUUCUAGAGUGGGAGGACACAUUUCCAUACUCCGCAGCAUUGGCAGACAUUGGCAGCGUCCGUGGCAGCGGGGGCGAUGGGAUGUACAGCAUAGAAGAAGUUCGGCAUCUUCUAAGGUUCAUUAAAGAUCAUGGCUUGGAGCCAAUCCAGCUCGUCCAAACCAUUGGACACAUGGAGUUUGUGCUAAAGCACCCAGCUUACCAUAGCCUGCGAGAAUUAGCUCGCUCUCCGGCUGUGCUGUGUCCGUCCCGGCCUGAAGCCCUACAGCUGGUGAAAAUGAUGCUGGACCAGACGUUGGAAGCUCAGCCCACGGCAGAGUACCUACAUAUUGGGGCUGACGAGGUGUGGCAUACUGCAGUAUGUCCUGACUGCCAGAACCGAGCUGCCAACAACAUCCACAAUACUGCGAGCCUGUAUCUGGAGCACAUACGAGAAUUAGCCUUAUUCCUUAAGCAGAAGAGGCCAAAUUUGACUGUACUUAUGUGGGAUGACAUGCUGCGGUCGGUUAAAGCUGAUACUUUGAUUGCGUAUCAGCUAGGAGAGCUAGUACAACCGGUUGUAUGGCAAUACAACGCCAUAGAGCACUUCCACAUAGACCCGUCACUGUGGGAGAGCUACCGACAAGUGUUCCCGCAGCUCUGGGCCGGCUCUGCUUUUAAAGGGGCCAAUGGCAGUUGUCAGAUACUGUCCCCAGUUAGAAGGUACGUCAGCAAUCAAGAAGCAUGGAGGAUGGAAGUAAAGAAAUAUAGUCACAGCAUCAGCUUUGCUGGAAUCAUUCUGACUGGCUGGUCAAGGUUUGACCACUACGCGACGUUAUGUGAACUGUUACCAGUUUCGCUGCCAAGUCUCGCGAGCUGUCUAAAGGCCUGGACUAUGGAUGACAGGUCUCUAGAGUCAGUAGUAAGCGAAGUAUUACCCCCAGAGCAAUGGCCGGGUUCGGAUCUAGCACGGUGCGUGCACUCCUUCGUCGUGCUUCGAGACCGUGCCAACAUCAUAAUACACGGUGAUCUAGUAAAAACUUGGCUGAAUCCGUGGCAAAUAGAAAAUGGAUACAUAAAUCCCGUCCAAGUAGAGGGCCUAGCCAUGACCGUCCAGCAGUUACUCCUAGAGCUAACAUCUCUCCAAACCGACCUAACUCGGACCCUAUACGCUCUAACGGGAUCCCGAAGUGCGGGUGAAUGGCUGAACACGUUCCCCGCGCCCGUGCUCCGACAACUGACGGAGCUGCGCGACGUCGCCGCGGCGGCUGCGAAGGCAGAUGCCAGCGUCAGUCCGAGGCCUAAGCACUGCCAUUUGAUGUCCCCCACUUAGGCUGAGAUGGAAGGCGUGCGCAGAGAAGCCAACACGUAUGCCAAUGAAAUAGAGGUGUACCCCGAGCGGAGGCUGCCCUUGCCCGUGUCACGGGACGCACGCAGAGGCAACACCCGCCAGGUUAUACCUGAAAACUAUUGAGAGGUCAUAGAAUAAUGAAAUCUGUAACGUAUGUAUUAAUCAGCAUCAUAAAUAGCGGAUCAGACUACGCGUCAAAAGUAUCUCUAACAGCUUGACAAAAAAGAUAAUAUAUGUCUCUAUAUAUACAGGAACCUAAUGAGGAAGCUAAUGAAGGGCGACCUUCCAAUAUCGCUAAAGCGUAAACCCGUUGACACGUGUAUUCUGCCUGUCCUAACCUACGGUGCCCAAACAUGGUCGCUCACUGAGAGUCAGAAGUACUAAUGGAAGGUUUGCCAGCGAGCAAUGGAGCGCAGCAUUCUAGGUGUCAGAAGGCCGGAUCGCAUCCGGAACACUACAUUGCGCUCCAGUACACGCAUAGCUGACGAUUGCGCUCCAAAACACGCAUAGCUGACGAUUACGCUCCAAAACACACAUAGCUGACGAUUGCGCUCCAAAACACGCGUAGCUGACGAUUGCGCUCCAACACACGCAUUGCUGACGAUUGCGCUCCAACACACGCAUUGCUGACGAUUGCGCUCAAAAACACGCAUAGCUGACGAUUGCGCUCCAAAAUACGCACAGCUGACGAUGGCGCUCAAAAACACGCAUAGCUGACGAUUGCGCUCCAAAACACGCAUAGCUGACGAUUGCGCUCCAAAACACGCAUAGCUGACGAUUGCGCUCCAAAACACGCGUAGCUGACGAUUGCGCUCCAAAACACGCAUAGCUGACGAUUGCGCUCCAACACACGCAUUGCUGACGAUUGCGCUCCAAAACACGCAUAGCUGACGAUUGCGCUCCAAAACACACAUAGCUGACGAUUGCGCUCCAAAACACGCAUUGCUGAUGAUUGCGCUCCAAAACAAGCAUAGUUGUCGUAGGGGCGAAGACCGUCAAGCUGAAGUGGGACUGGGCGGGUCACGUCUACCGCGUGCAUCCGGAUAGGUGGGCUAGUAUAGCCACCAAGUGGAUGCCGCAAGUUAAGGCCAGAAAUCACUGCUAAAAGUUAUGUACUUCAAGCCAUUUGGAUUUCCUACCUAUAUAAGCUUUCUGACGUAUUAUCUGUAAGGAGAAGAAACAAUAUAAUUCCAACAGUUCAAAUAAACACAACAUAUGCGAGUAGACAAUUUGUUUGUAAAUCCGUUAAACUAUAUAAUUCUAUUAAUAAACAUUUAAAUAUAUUUCCAUUGCAUUAUCACAUUACGAAAGUAAAAGGAUAAUAACAAAUGUAGAUUUUGGACCCGGGUAUGUACUACGUUCAAAAGAGAGGUAUGAGCACUGUGAGUGUCAUCUCGUUUUGUGUGGUUGGGCACAGCACAGCGGAUGUGAGUCCAGAUCUAGAGCAGAGCCCAACUGGGGUAGUACCUCCAUCUUAUAGAAAACUGCAGCCAAAUAACACUAGACACUCAUAGUGUUGUGUUCCUGCCGGUGAGUAAGGUUGCCAGGGCUCAACGAGGGUGCGGAGUGUUAAGGUACGUAACGCGCGUGUAAACUCUGGAGUUGCAAGCGUCUAUAGGCUACGGAGACUGCUUAUCAGGCAGGCCGUAUGUUUGUUUACCGCCGACGUAGUCUAUAAGAAAUAUUUAUAUCUAUAUGGAUAUUUAUAUUUAUAUGGAUAUUUGUUCCUGAGUCAUGGGUGUUUUGUAUGUAUUUAAGUAUUUAUAAAUAUUUAUAUAUUAUAUAUAUCGUUGUCUAAGUACCCUCAACACAAGCCUUAUUGAGCUUACUGUGGGACUUAGUCAAUUUGAGUAAUAAUGUCAUAUAAUAUUUAUUUAUUUAUCUACUUUGCAGGGUAGAAAAUACUUUUAGCAUGUUGUUGAAUCGGCUACUAUUGAUGCUGACUUUACUAAUGGUGCUCCCACAAUAGCCGUUAUAAAAUUUUACAUAAAAUCGUGUGACAGGGGCAACAUAAUAAAUUACUAUCAAUACUAUCAUGAUGUCCUUGUCACACGACGUUAUAUAACAUUUUAUAACGGCCAAUGUGGGAGCACAUUAGUGAAAACGACUGGAUAUAUUAUAAAUAAAUAUGAUUAAAGAAAAUCUAAGAUCUUCGAAGCUUUAAUUAAAACUGUAAAAGGACUAUUAGAGUAGUUUUAAAACUUUGCCAAAAUUCGGUGCUAAGUCAAAUUUAACUUUAUUUAAUUUUGUCGAAUUUAUCUACAUACCUAUUGUAGUUUAAAUAUUGUAGAAAAAUGUAUAUUUCCUAGUAAAAAUGUGUAUAACGUUUGUUUAAUGUUUUAACGAUCAAAUAUACUACCGUAAACCUACACAACUAUAGUCCAAUACUGCAACUAUGGUCCACAAGUUCGAAAGGAAAUUAAGUAUCUAUACCAAUGUUCCUUUUGGCUUACUCCUAGUUUUACCUUCCAUUUAUAAACAUCCUUGCCUUAGAACUACAAAAAUAUAGUAGAAUACACACCUGAACGAGAAAAAAUUAGUUUAUUUGUGGACCAUAGUUGGGAGCUUUGGACUAUAGUUGGGUGGUUUUACGGUACAUAUGCAAUUAUGCAAAAUACGAGUAUUGGUAGCAUAGUAACUAGUGUAACUACCUACAUAAUUUUGUUAAAAUGAUGCAUAUACCUAUUUAGACUUGUAGACAAUCUCGAUGCAUUGCUCUAGUCUGUUUGUGUGACAUGAUGGGCUCGGCUAAAAUCAAUAUUGUUGUAUUUUGUUAAUCUGUAAAAACAAUUGGUUUACACAAUCAUUAUUAUGUUGACAAGGCGUUUAACAUUUUCCAGUGAGGUCGGCCGGUCGAAGUGUUUACAGAUGGCGCCAGAAUUUUACCUAAAAAUCCUACGAAUAGUGUAAUUUUUUUUUAUGGAAUUGCCCUUAAAGCUUCCAUAGAACAAAACUAAGAGAGGAAUCUAUGCUGGCGCCAUCUAUAAAAACUUUUGACAGUUUCCAACCCCAUUGCAGUGCCAUCUGCAUCGUUUUUUUAGGGUUCCGUAGCCAAAUGGCAUAAAACGGAACCCUUAUAGUUUCGCCAUGUCCGUCUGUCUGUCUGUCUGUCUGUCUGUCUGUCCGAGGCUUUGCUCCGUGGUCGUUAGUGCUAGAAAGCUGAAAUUUGGCAUGGAUAUAUAAAUCAAUAAAGCCGACAAAGUCGUACAAUAAAAUCUAAAAAUUAAUUUUUUUUUAGGGUACCUCCCUAAGAAAAAUAAUGUGUCCCCCUCUAACUUUUGAACCAUAGGUCCAAAAAAUAUGAAAAAAAUCGUGGAAGUAGGGCUUAAGAAAGACAUUAAAUGAAAACUAUAGCGGACAUGAUCAGUUUAGCUGUUUUUGAGUUAUCGCAAAAAGUUUUCCCUUCAUAGUAAAAAGACUUACUUUAAUUAGGUACUGAUUAUGUAAAUUUGCCUAUUUGUUUAACUCGGGUGAAAGGUACCGUUUCAUCCCUUGGUUAACAAUUUACUAUACUUUAAGCUCCAGUUUAGCUUAUUGUGACGGAAGAGUAACUACGGAACCCUACACUGAGCGUGGCCCGACAUGCUCUUGGCCGGUUUUUAUAUAUGGAGUCGUAGGUAUUUAGAUAAUUAUUAGCAAUUUGGUCGGACUGUACAUACCAGACAAUUAGUAAAUUAAAGGUUACAUUAUGAAAGAUACCGAUUUUAGAUUAACAUUGCCCCAUACAUACUUAUUUUGUCAUAAAAUAGAUUUACUAACUAAACACCAAUAAAGAUCUUAUACUAUCAAAA